CCUAGUAAGCUGCUUGUGUUCUGGUAACUGGAAUGUGUGAGUUGGUGCUGCUUUGUAGAGGUGAUAAAACUGAUAGAAAUCCAGUCACUACUGGUGCAAACACACUUGGAAAAUCAAUCUAGAUAUCACAUACAGCAGAGCCAGAGACAUCAAGUGAAACAGUACCUGAUGCUUGAUACAAAACUUUCCAGCCAGACACUCUCGCUGUCCCAUUCGCAUACAGCCCAGCCUGCAGGAGUUGCGCCUGUACUAAGAAAUGGACACAUGCCUCCUGUCAGUGAUAUUGGCGCUCCGGAAAGUCCAGUUUCCAAGUUAUUGCCUCUUGGAGAAGAACGUGAGAAUGCGAUGGAGGAGGUUAUUGAUGACAUAAUCAAUAUGGAAUCAAGUUUUAAUGAUGAAGGGAUAGGUUGCUCCGAAGCUCCCCUACUAAUGCAAAGAACUCUGUCUAAUAACAUUUUGGAUAUAUACAACAGUGACCAGGGAAUAUCACCUGCUAAUAUGGGUCUUACAAAUGCUUCCUGCCCAGCUAUCCUACCAGUAAAGAGGGAAAUCACAGAAGCAGAUACACGGGCAAUGGCAAAAGAGAGACAAAAAAAGGAUAACCACAACCUCAUUGAAAGAAGAAGAAGGUAUAAUAUUAAUUACCGAAUCAAGGAGCUUGGCACGCUUAUUCCAAAGUCCAAUGAUCCUGAUAUGCGCUGGAACAAAGGAACUAUUUUAAAAGCAUCAGUGGAGUACAUCAAGUGGCUACAAAAAGAACAACAGAGAGCCAGAGAAUUAGAACACAGACAGAAGAAAUUAGAGCAGGCUAACAGAAGACUUCUACUUCGAAUUCAGGAACUAGAAAUCCAGGCUCGUGCUCAUGGUCUGCCAGUCAUGUCUUCACUCGCUGCUGUGGAUUUAGCUGCCCAAGUCAUCAAGCAACAGACAUAUCCAGAAGAGAAUGUCAUAGACUAUUCUCAGCAAAUGGCUCUGACUCAUGGACCAAGUUCUGACAUUUGUGAUGGAUCGAUAGCCUUUUCCGAUCCACUUUCGCACUUCACAGAUCUCUCUUUUAGUGCCGCUUUAAAAGAAGAACAAAGGUUAGAGGAAAUUUUACUCGAUGACACAAUAUCGCCAUUUGGAACAGAUCCACUCUUGUCUUCCACAUCACCUGCUGCAUCAAAAGAGAGUAGUCGGAGAAGUAGCUUUAGUACCGAUGAUGGAGAUGAUUUGUAGAACUAGAUAGGCCCUGAUGAUAUUUUUUUAAUCAUUUGCUGGUGCUAAAAAAUUGUGUUAUGAAUUUAAGUUUGAUGUUGGUGCUUACUUCAAAUAAGAAAACAAAGAACUGUUGUGGUAACAAGCUGUUGUGUGAGUAGGGUUUAGCUGAGGCAAACUUCAUAGAACAAUAGAGUUGUAUCUCCUUAUCCUGGAACUAGCUACAGAUCCUUCUUUAUUUACCAGAAAGGUUUGUUUUUUUUUCCAUCUUUUCUUCUAUUCUCACAGAAGUAUUAAAAUAGUUCCCACAAAACCAUGUCACAAAAUUAUACUCAAAUACACUGUUGAAUUUAGUACUCAUUUCUCCCAAAUUUAUUCAAGACUUUUAGUUGUAAGCAUUUAUUAAUUUCUUUAAAAGUGAAAAAUAGAAAAUUUGAAUAAAACCAAUAGCUAUGUAACAUGAACUGCAAUGGGGAAAUGUUUGAAUGUGAUCUACUUACAAUAGAGAUGUUAAAAUCAUUAUAAAAGGUGGGAGACUAAUGCUGCAUGAACUGCAUGCACUUGUAUUUAAAAUAAGACCACAAAGUUCAUAAAGUUGUUUUUUGAAUCCAUAUUUCAGUUUUUAUUCACCUAUAGAAAAUAUCAAACAUUCAGUACUUAUUAUUGUGCAUUUUAGUGUUACCAAAGAAAACCAGAAAUAUAACAAUAGGGAUAAAAAAAGCAAUCAAACAAAAACCACAUUUAUUGGACAGAUACAGAUCAGGUUUCAGCAAUUUAAAAAGAGAUUACUUAGUCAACAGAAUAAAGUAAGAGUGCAUGUGGGCGUGUCUACAUGAGACGCUAUGUCACCAUAGUGACGAGCUACGGCAACGCACAGUUGGCAGACACGAAUCAUGAUGCCGAUGCUACUGCACAGUAGGGUCAAAAACGACUUGGGCGCCUCUGGGACUGUACAGUAACAACUUGCUAAAGCAAGUACUAAAUGACUGUGCAGUAACAGCUGUGUAGUUGGGUGCAUGUGUAGACGCGCCCUGCAUGUAUGGGAUGCAAUGGAGAUAUUCAGUGUUACAAUUAGUAUAAAUUAAAACAGCCACUGUUGCUAAUAGCAAUAUCAGUUAUUUGUCAUGUACCCAGGUGGUGUCCUUCUUUGAUGGUGGCUAAUCACAAUUGAAUAAUAGGAUACUGUAUUUUCCAAGAAAACUUUUUCAAGCCAUAAAGUGUGUCUUGGUUCCUUUGAUGGCAUAGUAGGGUUUUUCUAAAGGGACAAGUCCUAACUCUAUACCAAUAUUUUUGAUCCAGUUGGAUGUGGAGGAUGAGAUGUACUACAUUCCCUUGCAUGCAUUUUGGCAGAGAAUUUCACUUUAAAUUUGCCUCUAGAUUCAUUAUCAAAAAGAUAAGUAGUGUCUGGAGCCAAAGGAAAUAUUCCUGAAGCUGUUGUUCUGAUCCACUCCUUUAUCACAUUCACAUGCUAGUAAUGGGCAUUCAAAACAUAUGGAUUUGACUUAGAGCUUUAGCAGUUAGAGGACAGGCAGAAGACGCAUCAUCUUCGUAUGCGGUGAAAUUUUGGAGUGUGAUUAUAUAUUUUUGGAGUAGAUUAAGUACAAUCAAUUUAAUACUAAUACAUUGGAAAAUAAGCUGGCACAAGUUCUUUGCAGUUCUUUUUUCAAAUAAACCAAAAGUAUUUGUUUUGGGGGUUUUUGUGAAAGGUAAAAUAUUCUUAAAAAUGAGAACUGUUGUGUUCAGUUUUGCUCUCCCAGAACCUUCCUAAAGAAGCAUCAUGUGAAGUGUUGCAGCAAAAAGGGAUUCAAUCAGGCUAUUAUUUGACUUGGAUUUUAAAUGCGUAGGCCUUUACUUCUCAUGUCGUCUUUAUUAUUAUUAUUAUUUAGAAAUUGUGCAAAGUUGGCAAGUAGGACCUUCAUAAGUGUUAUACACGCUGCUGUAUAGAUGGUUUCACUGAACUACAUGGUUUACAAGGGUCAUAGCACACCCCAUCAGUUCUAAAUUCUUGUGUUUUGGCAUUUUUUUUCUUAACUGGAAUUUUACCUGCUCAUUGGAAUUUCACUUGGAUUUUCUACUAACUCACUGGGAAUUUCACCAUGUGGCAAAAACUAAUCAACUUCUAUCUAAAGAAAUCAUAUCAGUUUUUUAGUGUAUUUAAAGAGUUCUGUUAGACUGUAUAAAUGCAGUCAUUUAGACAAUAAGUUCUUUGGUACAAAGAAACCACAUUUUUGUCAUGUGCAUAUACAUGUUUAGCUCAACAUGCCUUGGUGGAGGCUCCUAACUGUGUUGCUACAAUACAAUUAACAAAAAAUAACAGCUGAUGCAGAGGUUUGGGUUUUUUUUGUUUAUUUUUUUAAAUCUUGGAAGUGGGGAUGGGAGUGCAAAUGAAUAUUAACCAAAGGUAACUGGAUAUAGGAAGAAGAGCCAUUUUAAUUAGAGUUGUUCAGUAAACUUGGGGCAUAACCCACCAUGCCAGAGAGUCCACAGAUUACAAAAUGAAAGUCAAAUCUGAAACAUGAUACAACAAAAGUAACAUUUAUGCCCAGGCACCUAAUUUAGGAUUCAUGUUGUCCAUUUCAUGUGAAGAAGGGAGAAGAUAGAUGGCUAACCAAUUGGCAUUUGUCCUUGUAGUUUCUACUACAUUAGAUUUAAAUACACCAGCAUGGAUUUGCUCACAGUGGAGAAAAAUGAAUUAAAUAUGAAUGUGUUACAUGAUUUUCCCAUUUAAUUUGUACAUGGGAGAUAGACCAUACUUUUGGACUGCAUUGACUUAAAAAAAAUCCUGAAUUUCAUCUUUUUUACAAGUACCAUCUUAAAAAUAUUUCAGUGCACCCAUUAUUUUUUUUUAAGUUCAUUUUCAUUCUUCUGACAAUUCCCUCAGUAUAAAACAUCAGAUUUUUUUUCUGCAUGAAAAACCUAACACAGGCUAGCAGUCACUUCUAUUGCUAUAUACUGUCCUGCAGUAUCUGUCAGUAAAUAUGCAGAGAGACUACUCUUCCCAAGCUGCAGUCAUUCAUAGAAACACUAUGUGUAUAUGUGUGAUGGUAAUUCUCUUUCAGUGCAAUUGAAUUAUGUUUCCAAUGGGAAAUUGUCAUUUCAGAUUGUGAUUAGGAUUUUCAUGAAUUAGUUUAAUUCAGUGAGAGCUGUUGUGUUACUACUAUAGGUGGUUACACAAGGUGAAAAAGAUUUCCUCUAACCCGCUAUAAGGGAAUGCAUCCCUGAGAGAGGAUAACAUUCACCUGGCUCUUUUGUGUCAGAGGCUAUAGUUUCCCAGUAUGGUUUGAUCUUUUAGUAUAAAUCUUAAUGCUUAUGAGAAGGUCAAUGGAAAGCUACACAGUUAAGGAAGCUUCAGAAAGGUAUUCAGCACAUCCACGGCCCUCUAUAUGUUGGUUUCGCUAUUCCAAAUUCCCUAAAAUAGCAAAUUCUCCCAACUCAGACUUAGCAUGAUGGCUUUAAAGCUUCAGACUUUUUACAGCAUGGUGCAGUGCUUGUAAUCUUGAACACAGAAAAGGGUUUUUUAUGAAUAUGGGAACAAAUCCUGAAGUCCUAACUCAGGAAAAAAAAACUUCUUUCAAUGUCAAUGAGAGUUUUACAGGAAUAAAAUCUGUGCUAGGUCUCCAGGGUUUGAUGCAUUAAAAGUAUGUCCAAAUUAUUUCUAAUACAGCUUUGUUUGAUGAAGUCUGGUGUAUUAUGAAUAAAGCCUUCAGAAGGAAAUUUAAAGACUUUAAUUUCUACUAGUUUGGGGGAAAACCAUUCCCCCCAGUAUAUUUAAGGAUUUUUUGCCUAUUUCUAGUAAAAAUGGUGGUUGUAUUCUUACAGUGUACAUGAACCAGUGAGCUGAUAAUUAUACAAAACCAAAGGCAGCUGAAAUAUUACCAUCUUGUUUAAUUAAUGAAAUGGAUAUAGAUACUAUACAAAGAAAAGAGAUCUAAAUUAUUUCACUGCCUGUGUGGAUACUGUGUAAAAGGCUAAAGUAAGUGCAAACAUUUUAACAAACAGGAAUGCAGUUGCCUUAUAGUUUAAAGGACUAAAUAUAAUUCAGUCAUUUAAUCUUAAUAAGAACAUUGUUAUAAUACCUUUUGACUUUAAUAGGGCUGUAUACAUGAAUGGAGGAUGUAAAAUUAUUGUAAUUUAAAAUUAUGUUAAGGCUGUUAGAUCAGCAAAGGCAUUUACAUUACUAUUAUGAGACAGUAGAAUAUUUUUAUGAUAAUUGCUAUUUUUCAUUGUUAAUCAUACAGUAUCUUGUUUUCUAAGUAAAUGUAUGUGACAGAAUGUAUUUUAGUACAUACUGUACAUGCAGUCUUUAUAGAAAAUACAUUUUGUGUUUGCUGGUACUUUAUGUUUAUUAUAUGAAUACAAUUAAAGAAAUUAAAACAUC